AUGACCGAUCGCGUCCUAAAUGUCCCAGGCUGGUGCCAAGUUAACAAGUUUAUUGAUGCAAGAGAUAGCAUGAAUGAUUGAUGUGUUUCCAAAGUAGCAGAAAUAAACUUACUCCCUCCUUGAGCGAGCAACACCAUUGAAAAAAUCCUCCAUACGCAAGCAAAAUAUUUCAUAUAAAUAAUUAUUAUUUUUAUGAAGCCUCUGACUAGUUCUAUCAAUAAUUUUAAAUAGACCUAAUUUACAAUAAAUAAAACUCUCAUAAUGAUUUGCCGUUAUUCAAUUUUAUAUAGAAAAAUAGAAUAAUCGUUAAAAUUUAUAAAUUAAAGUACAUUUUGAAAAUAAAAUUAAACACUCCUGAUUAAGGUCAGAGUUAGAAUCUCGCACUGUUACAGUAACUAUGGAUGGGUGGGGUGCCAAAUGGAAUACAACUUAUCCUUUAAAGUCCUCAAAGCUUGCUCCCUUUCGAAAGAUGUCAAAAGGCUACACUGGCCCUAAGCGUCGAGCUUUUAGAGACUGGGAUUUCAGUAUGGCUGAAAUCCAAGUAGCCCAAAACAAAGUAAAUGGUCUUCUCUCAGAAAACCUUGAAUGUGAGAAUGCCUUUGAAACUACUCAGUUCUAUAGAGGAGAGCUUUUUAUACUGGUCGAAAAUUUACUUGUCUUUGACUACAGCUCCCAUCGCGAAUAUCUUUCCUCUGCAGUUCAUUUUUUCGCCUCUGUAAUCAAUUUAAUAGUCAAGUGGCUAAAUGAGGCUCCUCAAUUGUUCCCUUAUUACUACCAGGGCUUAGCUCAGCCCGACUUAUACCUCACAGACAAUAAGGUUGCCUUGGCUUCAGUGUGGUUUGAGCUUUUAGAUACUCUCAACAAGCUCUUUGCCUUGGAAUCCAGAGUCUCGGCUUUUUACCUGCACUUUGACGAGGUUCCUAUCGGAUAUGAGGCUUGCCCUAAAACUAUAGUAAAGAAUUCAAACUAUUCAGACACUCUUCUGUUCUUAAUUAACUAUUUUGCAAAAUUAGGAGGAUUUGAAGCGGUUCUCAAUAUUCUGAAAAACAAAGAUGAGCACUCAAGAGUCCCAUUUCCAUUUGUCAACUCGAUACUAUUAUACGCGCUGAACCAGUUCAUUGAUCCAGAAUUUUCAUCAGACUUUUUUACAGAAUUCACAGGACUGAUUUUCCAGAGAAUAAAAAUAAUUUCUGACACUGAGCUCAAAGAUCUUAAACAUGAAGAAAUUCUGAACUUACUAGCAAGGAUGGGAAAACUGUCAGAAAACCUUCGCAUAAUAAAAUGGUAUUCGUUCGAGAGAAAAUAGCUUACUCCCCCCCUCCAUGAGUGAACAAAAAAAUUUUGUUCACUCACGGAGGGGGUUAAUUUUUUUUUAAAAAAAUUUAUAUAUAAAUUUUAUAAAGAAUAUUUUUUUUCGAAAUUAAAAAAAAAUCCUAAUUCGUAAAAAUUGGAAAGCAAAUAUUAAUUUAAUUUAUAACAUUUAUGUUUUAAAAAGCAAUUCGUUUAAAAUUAAACAGAAUUAGCUCUAGAUUUCAUUAUAAUAAUUAUCUUUUAUAUAUCAAAUUUUUUUUCCAUAAAAAAUUUUUGUAUUAAAAAAAUUUUUGUUCACUCACGGAGGGUGGGUAUUUUGACAAAAAAUAGCGAUUUUUCUAAUGGUUUUGUUCACUCACGGAGGGGGGAGUAGCUAAUUUUUCUCAUGGAAUUUUAUUUAUGAGGUUUGGAUUUUUUUAGAGAAAUUCUGCACAGUAAAUGGCCGUUUAACUUUAUUUGCAUAGGCUAAAAGAAUUGCUACAAGGGCAAUGAAGAGGCGCAAGGUUUUCCAUACAGCACACCAGAGGAAGGCAACCUUUCGGUGUAAAACGUGCACAAGCUGAUUCAGGAAAGGGCGAUGUCAAACGCGCCUAGUGAAAUGUGCAGCCAAGCUGGCAAGAUCUUGCUUUGGAAUAUCUUCCCAUAUGAUGGCUAUUUAAAAGCAGGAUGGCCCAUGGGUCACUCGUUGUCAAGCCAAGUCCCUCUUUUUGGUAAUGGUACUAAACACCUUAAAACACCUAAUUAAAUUCAUAACUGUCAGAGAACCUUGACACUGAAGCUUUAGAAGUAAAUAAGCUGAAUUUGUUCCUGGCAAUGCUUAAGUGCAGCUAUUUGGAAAAAAGGAUUAAAGGACUAACAGAAAUUAAUUAUGUAUUAGAAAGCUUAGAACCAAGAAUCAAUAUCAUCGAUAAUUCGAAGGUAAAAGUAAGCUCUGACGAAAUGCAAAGCUGAAUCUUAAAGGAAAAUAUCAUUAACGUCCUGCUAGCUGAAAGACCACACGUAGAGCUAGUUAAAAGAGCAAGCCCUUUGCUUAAGUUUUUAGCGAGGAAUAAUGUGCUAGAAGAAAAGCAUUUAGAGCAGCUAUGGUCUUCAACUCAAGGUAAGCAUGACUCCUUUAUAAGAGCGACAUACUCAGCUAUUAUUGAUAUAACUCCUUAUUUGAGAGAAGAGCACAACGAUUUCUUAUUCGAACGCUUCUCACAGAUAAAGCUUGAUGACUAUGACGAGCAGCUUGUAAACCUAAUCAAAGAUUUCACCGCAAAAGCAAUUUCAGUGGCUUCCUCAUCAGCUAUGCUUAAAGAUGAAGAAAACACAAAGUGGUACGGAAUUGCUAUAUUAGAAAGCAUCAUGCUUGAUUCUUCUCCACAUGGACUUUGAAAAUUAGGAACAAAAUAUCUAGGCGAGGUCUUAAGUAUGAUUGAUUGCAGAUCGCUGAUAGGCGAAUUUGCCACAAAAGCAGUGCAUUUGAUCCGAAAUAAUGACUCUGUUCCUCAAGCUAUUAAAUUGCUUAUGAGUCUAAUCAACAGCUUAGACCCAAGAUCCCAAAAAAUAGAGACCAAAAAGCUUGAAGCAAGCCAAGGGAUUCAAGAUUUAAUUUUGAGCAACUUAACAGAGUACAUGAAUAGAGCAAGAGAAAUCGGAAAAGGCAUAAAAACUGAGCAAGUAGUUCAAGGAAGAUUUUCGCACGAAAUUAACAUCAAAAGAAGGCUAAGACUAUUAGAAUUCAUGAUUCACACAACAGACGCAGAAGUCAGGCUGAGCAUUGCUCAUUUUACCACUCUAUGGAGCUUAUUUGUCUCUUCGGAUGUUUCUGGCAAAGAAAUUGACUUGUUUUUCACAUGGCUUAGGCAAGGCUUUAAAUAUCGCUCGCCUUUGACUUUUGACUUAGCUGAUAAUUUGUUUAAAAAUUUCUUUUUGCCAGAAGAAACGUUUCCAAGUGAAAGUAUUACUUUGCAAGGAUACGGCUGCUUUAAGUGGCUAUUGAUCAAUCUUAAUAGCCACUUAAAUGCAAUAGAAGCAACGAAUACAGGAAGAUUAAGAAAUAGAAACUCACGUGAUGUUUUAGGAUUAGAUAAAUUACUUUCAAUUCAACUCAAUUGCCAACAAGAAAAUAUUAGUCAGGAAGCGCUUAAACUUGUAAUCUCUCUCUUAACUCGAUAUGAUUCAGAACUUAUUUCGGAGGCUGCUGAUAUCUUAAAUGAAUUCACGAACUCCUUACUGCAAAAAAUGACUUCAAGCUCUGUCUCAGAUACUCUGAUUAAAAGAGGGUUGACCUUAAUAAAAUCUCUACUAGGUGAUGAUGAGGACGAUGAUUCAGGAAAAUCUUAUUAUAUCUAUGUGAGAGAGGCUAAAAGCAAAGACUAUAAGCAAUUGUAUAUUAAUCAAAACAAAAAUAUAAGACAUUUAAGAAAAGAGGUCGCCAAAUUAUAUAACCAACCGCUCGAGAGAACUCUUUUGCAUAUCAAUGAAAAACAGUUCGGAGCAUUUGAAGAUGAUAUUGAUAUUAAAAGCUUAAAACUUUAUUGGCUAGUUGCAGAUUUUGACUCUGAUACAACCUCGGAUUUUAGCCCUCAUCAUGCACUAUCGCAAAAUCAAGAAAUUGCUAAGGCACUCUUCCACUUACUGUCAAGCACCGACAAGUCUUAUGCUGAAUUAGCUUGGAAUUUACUAAUUUCUUUACCUGUAAACGAAAAACUUGUAGAAGAGCUGAAUAAGCUAGAAAAGCCAAUAACAGAAUUGAUUGAUAUUAGCUCGAUGCAUCAUUUAUUAUAUUGCUUGAACAUUUUAUUGAAAUUGUCUAAAGAUAUAGAGUGGGGCAACAAAUUCACGUCUGCUGAAGGAACAAAGUUUUUACUACAAAUUUUCUUAAUGCCAAAAGAGGAAUAUAGAGGAGGAAAGUUGGUCGUGAUGAAAGAAGAAUCAAUGAUCAAAUUACUUACUUCCCUCUCUGUGAGCAAACAAAAAAAUUUUGUUCACUCACGAAGGGAUUAAAUUUUUUUUUUUUAGAAAAUUUAUAUAUAAAUUUUUUAAUUUUAAAAAAAUCCCAAUCCGCGAAAAUUAGAAUUCAAAUAUUUAUUUAAUUGUGAAAUUUAUCUUUUAAAAUGCAAACUGUUUAUAAUUAAAAGAUUAGCUAGAGAAAUUUCAUUAUACUAAUUAUCACUUAUAUGUCAAUUUGUAGGAUUUCCCAAUGGUUUUGCUCGCUCACGGAGGGGGAAAGUUAGUAAUUUAAUCUCAUAUGACACAGUGUUGGACAAUUUGCAAGGUUUUAUCGAAUCAUUAUUUGUAUCCUUUAAUUUAAUUAGCUCAGCUGCAACAACUCCAGGGCAACUCGAAGAUUCUCCUGCUUUAUUUAGGUCUAUUGAAAGCUUAAUCGAUAUAAUCAGUUUCCAAUCAGAGGAUUUGCUCCGGAAUUACAUAAUUCACACUCCAGAGCUUUUAAGAAAUUUGCUACUAGGAUGCCUUAUUAAAUCUUCAGAUCCAAACUUUUCUUCCAGCUCCUGUGCUCUUUUUGAAAGGAUUUUCGAUAAAACUUCUAUUUUUUCAGAAGCAUUUCUAGAAUUAAAUCAGAUACUAGAUCUCGCCUUGGCAGAAGGUAAAACAAGCAAUGAGUACUGGGAUCUUUUAGCUAAAGUCAUCAACCACAACACAUUCGACUCUGAAAAAGAAAAAAUGACAGCUCUUACUCAAAAGCUUAUAAAUGAAGUCAAUAAUCACCCAGGAGAAAAAAAUUGCAAUGAAAAAGAUACGAUUCUUUGUGGUAUGAUUAAGGUAUUAGCAAAUACUUGGAAAAAAACUGAUAUUGUGCCUGAUCCUGAUGAGCACUUGAAGCUCUUUUUGUCGAAAUGCCUUUUCGAAGUUCCUGAUAAAAUUGAUAGAAAUGGAAUUACUCCUCCUAAAUGCAAACACAUGGACACGAGAAAUCAAACUUUUGACCUGCUAUUAGAGCUCUCUCAAAUGGAUGAAAGCUUUUUAGGAGCAAUAACUUCAGAUCUAGCUCAUUUCCAUGAAGAGCCUAAUUGGCGUACUGCUCGACGAGCAGAUUGGAACAAUUCACCUGCUUCGAAAGAAAAGUCACUAACUGGAUAUGUGGGUCUCAAAAACUUAGGGUGCACCUGUUAUAUGAACUCUCUCCUCCAGCAGCUGUUCAUGAUUUCUACCUUUAGAGAAGCUAUUUUAAAUUCCCCUCCUCCAAAGCCAUACGAGGAAAGCUUACUAUACCAGCUGCAGCAUAUUUUUUCAGGAUUAAAGCAUAGUGAUAAACAAUAUAUCAACACUAAAGGAUUUGCCAAAGUUUUCAAGGACUUUGAAGGAAACCCAAUCAACCCGAUGGAGCAAAUGGAUGUAGAUGAAUUUUUUGGCAGCUUUAUGGACAAGCUUGAAGACCAGCUAAAAGGCACUGAGCAAGCAAAAACAAUUAAAGCUCACUUUGGCGGUCUUCAGGCGACAGAGAUUAUUGGAAAAGAUUGCACACACAGAAGUGAAAGAAUUGAGCCUUUCUUAUCUAUUCCUGUAGAAGUGAAAACCAAAAAAUCAGUUAUAGAAGGACUGGAAAGUUAUGUAGCUGGCGAGAUGCUUGAAGGAGAGAACGCCUAUCAAUGUGAUCAUUGUGAUGCUAAAGUGAGAGCUAUUAGAAGAGUCUGCGUGAAGCAUCUACCUAAUUUCCUUGUUGUAGCGCUGAGAAGAUUUGAAUUUGAUUUCGACACAAUGAAUAGACUAAAGCUUAAUGACUACUAUGAAUUUCCUCAUGAACUUGAUAUGGAGCCAUACACGCAAGAAGGUCUUGAAAGGAUAGAAAAAGAAAAAGAAAAGCAAGCUGGAAAAGACGUCACUAUACCUAAUAAAAAAUUCCCAGAUGAAUAUUAUAAAUAUUCAUUGAGAGGGAUAGUCAUCCAUUCAGGCACAGCUGAAAGCGGGCACUAUUACUCAUAUAUUUUUGACGCAAAACAAAAUAAAUGGUAUGAAUUCAACGAUAACUGGGUAAGAGAAAUUGAUCCUAAAGACAUCCCAAAUGACUGCUUUGGAGGCGAGGAAAAAUAUUCUUGGUCUUCAUAUACAAGUUUCCAAACUUCAGGAAUCCGAGAAAAAUAUGGAAAUGGGUACCUGCUGUUUUACGAGAGGUCAGGGAUAUAUAAAUCAAGAGAGCCUGAUGAUGAAAAUAUUGAAAGAGUCGACUUAAAUGUAAAGGAAGCAGAGGAUCUAGAACACUAUAAACAAGUUCGUGCACAAAAUCAGAAAUACUGGAGAUCGAGACAUAUUUUUGGCCAUGAAUAUUCAAGAUUUGUGAUGGGACUAAGCAAACUUGAAAGCCCACCAGAUAAAUUUUUAAUUCAAUUUUUGCUGACCAUACUAAUCAGAACCAAAGAAAAAAGACAUGAACUAGUUGCUAUUAGCCAAAGAGUCAGUAAAGUCUUAUCAGAAAAUCCAGAAAUGAGUGAGUGGGUACUAGAGAUGCUUAGUGUAGAAAGUGUGGCAAAAGAGCUUCUAAUACAUUGUCCAGUGCAUUUGGUUAGGAGAUACUUAGUUGGGCUUGUGAAAACUUGUCUCAAGUGUGUUUCAGAGGAAGUCCGAGUCAACUUUUUCAAGUGGCAAAUUAAUUAUUUGACAUAUGCCCACAAAAAGCAUUCCAAGCAUUAUGCUCAGUUUUUAGAAAUUCUCAAAGAAUCUAUUUUAAGAGUUCCCAACGCUGCCCAAGAUUACGGAGCGAUAGAUAUCCUUGUGGCUCAUCUCCUUAGAGACACUUACAAGUGCCCAUCUCCUCCGCCUUUUAAGAAUUCUGAUAUUUGCUUAGGCUAUGAUAAGUAUAUGCAGACUGAAAAUUCCAUCAAAGAUGAUAGCUUCUUUGCAGACUCAAAAGGCUCAUCAAAUUCCCAUCUUUAUCAUACGCUUUUUAUUUUCCGCGCACACCUUUCAGAAGAGAAAAAACUACACUUGAAGCAGCCAAGCACCAUCACAUUUAUCUUAAGAGAAAUCGACUCGAAGCUUGCAGCUAGAAGUAUUGGAAAGCUCUACGCAGAAAUAUGCCAUGAUGACUUGAACACCACUAACGCGUACAUGAGAGCACUUAAAGAGUGCUAUCAGAAUGCUGAAUAUUACUUUAAAGCUAAAUACCUGAGAGUUUUCACCCCAUUCUUGAUCCAUGAAGACUCAAUACAAAAGCCUAAAAUUGAGAACUUCUUAGCCUACAUGUUCAAAACCAUGAAAUCUUGUAAAUAUCAAAGCGAAGUCGAGCAAAGUAUAAAUUACAUAUACAAAAUUACAUCAAAAUACCCUGUAAUUCGCCAAUGUAUGGUUCAGAACACUGAAGACUUGCAAUGACUAGAAAAAUGGAUUACCCAGUAUAUGAAAGUCACUUAUUCAUCAUUCAAAAAUACCUCAACGCAGACUGAUGAGCAUAUAAGGCCUGCUUAUCAAGUGAUGCUGGCAAAGUGUAAGAAACUGUCUCAAGGAGAAGCUCCUAAUUCUCCUGAUGAUUGGGAUUCUGACGAAGACUUGAACUGCAAAUUCAAAAUUGGAGAAGAAGUUGAUGUUUUAGACCAAGCAGGACAAUUGUGGGUCAAAGCUAAGGUAGAAGCCAAUAUUGGAGAAUUAAUUUGGCUUAGCCUCAAACAGUGGUCUACUCCUGAUCAGUGGGUCUGGAAAGACGUUCAAAGUGAAGAUCUUGCGCCAGCAGGUACCAAAUCUGCUCAAAAAUUCAAUAUUUCUCUCUAA